AUGGAGAACCUCCCAUUUUUCUUGUUAUUAUGUGUGGCACUUUCUUGUCCUUUUCCUGCAGAUACAAGACAGAAGAAGGAAGAAGACAUGGAACUUAUCCAGAAGUAUCUUGAAAAUUACUAUGACUUUAAGAAAGAUGGGGAAUCUCUUGUUUGGAAAAGUAAUAGCCCAGUGAACCAAAAACUGAAAGAAAUGCAGGAAUUCUUUGAGCUAGAGGUGACUGGAAUACCAGAUUCUGGCACUUUGGACUUGGUACAGAAACGUCACUGUGGAUUCCCUGACAUAGCUGGGUUCUCCACCUUUGCAGGAGAGCCAAAAUGGGCAAAACAAGUUCUGACAUACAGGAUAUUAAACUACACACCAGACCUGCGUCCAGCAGAUGUCAAUGCAGCGAUCAAGAAAGCAUUAAGUGUUUGGAGCAGUGUGACUCCACUGAAAUUCAUCAAGAAGGAUAGAGGUGAUGCAGACAUAAUGAUCUCCUUUGCAGCCAGAGAUCACAAUAACUUCAUCCCCUUUGAUGGCCCAGGAUGAUCUCUUGCUCAUGCCUAUGCACCCACCAAGGACAUUGGUGGAGAUGCUCACUUCGAUGAGGAUGAAACCUGGACAAAAAGUACAGAGAGUACGAACCUGUUUUAUGUUGCUGCCCAUGAGUUUGGGCAUUCACUGGGACUCUUCCACUCCAAAGACCCCAAUGCUUUGAUGCAUCCAGUUUACAGGAAAUUUGACCCUUCAGUACUCCCUCUUCGUUAGGAUGAUAUUACUGGCAUUCAGUACCUCUAUGGACCAUCUUCUAACACAUAUGAUGAUCAAAGGGAAUCUACUGAGAUAAAAGACACAACUGAGCCAAAAGAUCCUGCACUGCCAAACACCUGUGGCCCCAAUUUAACUUUUGAUGCUGUCAUCACUUUCCAUGGAGAAAUAAUGUUUUUUAAAGACAAACAAAUUUGGCGCAAACAUCCUGCAGUCAGAACAGCUGAUUUUAAUUUAAUAUCUUUGUUUUGGCCAUGGCUGCCACCUGGUGUUGAUGAUGCAUAUGAAAUUUCUGAAGAAGAUGAAACCAUCAUUUUUAAAGGGAAUGAAUUCUGGGUUGUGAAAGGAGAUACCAUGCUUCCUGGAUACCCCAAAAAACUCUACACCGUGGGCUUUUCAAAGGACCUUACCAAAAUUGAUGCUGCUUUUUAUAAUGAAAAUGAGGGGAAAACAUAUUACUUCAUAGUGGACAAAUUUUGGAGUUAUGAUAAAAGAGGUCAGUCUAUGGAUAGAAAGUCAUUACUCGUAAGAGAUGCCUUUCCAGAAAUUAAUGGGAAGAUUGAUGCUGUUUUUCAACAUGAAAAUUUCCUUUAUUUCUUUUGUGGAAGAAAGCUAUUUGAAUUUGACAUUGAUAAGAAGAGAUUUACAUGCUUCCUAAAGACAGACUUCUGGUUUCCAUGUUAA